AUGCCUUCACCCAGUACUGCUGGACACACUGGGUCAGCCUCUAGCUCAGCCUCGUUAGUUUCGGUCACACCUACACCUUCAGUGGCGUCAACCACAAUAGCCUCAACAUCUGUCUCUCCCCAUCAGAAAUCAUUGGCAGCAGAUGGUUCCCCAGUGGUGGGUAGUCAUGCAUGGGGACCUCCACGAAUAGUGGAACUGCUUCGCCAAGAGGGCAAAAGCCUUGGUAUCAGCAUUGUUGGUGGACGAGUAGACAUGUUCAAUGUUCAUGAGCAUGCCAUCUCGGGCAUCUUCAUCAAACAUGUUCUGGACGAUAGUCCUGCUAAAGCAAAUGCCUGUCUCAAAACUGGUGACCGCAUCCUAGAGGUGAAUGGAGUUGAUGUUCGUAAUGCAACACAUGAUGAAGCAGUGGAGGUUAUCAGAAAUGCUGCAAGUCCAGUCAAGUUCAUGGUGCAGAGUCUUGUUGAUUCAUCCUGUCCUGGAGACUUGGACCCAAGUCAACUGAAAUCUGUGCAAUCAUUUGAGGAGGCACCAGCAAGCCAGCCAGUUGCCUCAUCCCAGCCCGUUCUAGGCGAUGUCCAAACUCAACAGAGUUUUGAUGGCAGCCACUCUGUCAAAGAAGGAGGUAGUGACAGCGAGUCUGAAGAUGAGUACGGGUACACCCUAAAAAAACUCCAGCGAAAGUAUGGAGACCAAGCUGGUACAGUUCAGCUUAUUGAGUUCCCUCGCAGCAAGAGUGGCAUUGGGCUCAGUCUAGCAGGCAACAAAGACCGCAGUGUCAUGAGUGUCUUUGUAGCUGGCAUUCAGCCAGACAGCCAAGCUGCCAAAGAUGGCCGCAUAGAAGUUGGCGAUGAAUUGUUAGAAAUAAAUGGCAAUGUUCUGUAUGGACGAAGUCACCUAAAUGCUUCAGCAACAAUAAAGAGCUUAACAACACCCACUGUCAAACUAGUAAUCAGCAGGCACUUUGACAACAUAGAGCGCAUGGCAGUCAAGCCUCUGCGACUUGGACCAUUAAUAUCUCCUGAGGUGGAAGGAGGAAAGAAGCCACAGGAAAAAGAGGUGAAGAAAGAAGAUUCUGCUAUUCCGUCUAAUGGUGACACUGUUCAAGUGGUCACUCUACACAAGGUCUGUAACAUGAUCAAGGAAGUCUCUUUGCAAGGCACUCAGGGUCAUGGCUUUGGUAUUAUGGAGGAGACACGAGAAGGUCGCCAUGGUAUCUAUAUCCGCAGCAUUACCAUAGGUGGUGCUGCAGCAAAGGAUGGACAGCUGUCAGUAGGUGACGAAAUACUGGCUGUUGGAGAGGAAUCAAUACAGGGACUUUCUUAUGAAAAGGCAAUGGAAGUGCUGCGCAAAGCAACGGGAACUGUACACCUGAAGGUCCGCAGAUGUGGGUUGGAUGACUCUCAGGUCAAAACACCAGUUCUGUCCCAGGGCAGUCUUCAUCUUUCCAACAGUGGCAUUGGUGAAUCCUCUACUGACCCAACGGAGGAACAAGUGCCAGUUGAUCCAUUGACAUGCACCAUUUUGCCUGGCAGGGAAACUUACAUUGAAAUUGAGAAGGGCCGCACUGGUCUAGGACUUAGCAUUGUUGGAGGAUCAGACACUUUGCUGGGUGCAAUCAUCAUUCAUGAGGUUUAUGCUGAUGGAGCUGCAGCAAGAGAUGGACGCUUGUGGGCAGGUGAUCAGAUUCUUGAGGUUAACAACGAAGAUUUACGAGAGGCUACCCACGACCGUGCCAUUCAAAUCCUAAGGCAAACCCCAUCUCGAGUUGGAAUCUUGAUUUACCGAGAUGAUCAGCAAACCCGGGAAGAGGACGUCUAUGAUGUUUUUACUGUGGAACUGGUUAAACGACCAGGCAAAGGGCUGGGCCUUUCCAUAGUUGGCAAGAAAAAUGAUGUGGGCGUCUACAUAUCGGACAUUGUGAAGGGAGGUGUGGCUGAAGCAGAUGGCCGUCUAAUGCAGGGAGAUCAGAUUCUUGCAGUAAAUGGUGAAGACAUGCGAAACGCCACACAGGAGUAUGCUGCUGGUGUUCUCAAGACUCUCAUGGGCAAGGUGUCACUGAUGGUUGGAAGACUCAAGGCUGGUUCUAGGACAUCGUCCAGAAAAAACUCGGGUUCCACAGGGCUGAAGAAGUCAGAUUCUUCUGCUAGCAAUCGUUCCAAGGGCAAACAUUCCAAAAGUCAGAGUGAAGAUGCCAACCUUCUGAGGACCGUGGAACUGGAACAUGACCUAAGUGGAUCACUGGGGAUCAGCAUAGCUGGAGGGCUGGGCAGCCCACUGGGUGAUGUCCCCAUUAUUGUUGCCAGCUUAAACCCUGAUGGCCCUGCUGCUCGCUCUGGCAAACUAAGAGUUGGUGACAAGAUCUUAAUGAUAAAUGGGCAGUCCACAGAUGGGAUGGAACAUGCACAAGCUGUUCAGCUACUGAAGUCAGUCAGUCCAGUGAUUCUGCAAGUUAUGCAAGGUGAAGAUACUAUUGUGAGUGUGUCAGGUGGCAGACCUCGACAGGCUUACCCAGAAGUGUCUGGUGAUUCCACCCUGCAAAAGACACCCCAGGAGCUUGAGGACGAUGGACAACCUCCACAGUGCAAAACUAUCACUUUGGAACGUGGACCUGAUGGUUUGGGCUUUUCGAUUGUUGGGGGCCAUGGCUCACCACACGGGGAUCUACCUAUAUAUGUGAAGAAUGUUUUUGCUAAAGGAGCUGCAGCAGAUGAUGGACAACUUCACCGUGGAGACCAGAUUCUGGCAGUGAAUGGAGUCAGCCUGGACGGAGUUACACAUGAAGAGGCUGUCAAUAUCUUGAAAAAUGCACGUGGGAAAGUCACGCUGUCUGUUAUUUCCUGA